UGCCUGAUCGCCGUGUAUAUAUUUCCUCGCCGGUGACUCCAUACAAAUUGGCCGGAAACUGGAACUCAUGCCUACUUGAUAUGUGAAACAUUUCCGCGUAAACUUGAUCUUGAACAACGUCGUCCGGAGUGUUGGAGUGUGCCUCCUAAUUGAAUGAAAAGGUGGGGAAUUUAAGCUGUGAAUGCGGAGGAGACGUCGAUAGUUGAGUGGAGUUAUUCUGGCGCGAGAUAUCACAAGUAAUGUUGGAGUGUUUUGGGUGCAUGGAUGUACACACGCACGCGAUGAUGUUGUGUUUGCUGGCUGGUCAUCGCAUUCCAACGGCCGUGUUGGUAUAAACCAGGGUAUAAACCGACUAGACGUCACGAGGGCUUAAAGAGGUGUUUGAGUUUCAUCGGCAGAUAUAAUUUUUCACGCCGGUAUAUAUUCUACGAGCCGGACUGUGGGCCCGCCUGAACACCAAAAAUAGGUCCUAAUGAGAGUUGGCAGGGGUCUGAUUGGGGAGAUUUUGCUGGGCACUAGCGGCGCUGCAGCGGGAAUCAGGAUGGCCACUUUGCGGGACCUGCAGUUCGCCUUGCAGGAGAAAAUCGAAGAGUUGCGUCAGAGGGACGAUCUCAUCGACGAGUUGGAGCUGGAACUGGACGAAAAAGAUUCCCUCAUCCAGCGGCUGCACAAUGAACUGGACAAGUACCGCUCGGUCCUCAGACCGGUCGCAAAACAGGCCAUGCAAAGGACACGUCAAAAGAGACUUGGUAUCUCCGCCGAGAGUGCCCAUGAAAUUCAAGAAACCGCCAUGGGAAAUCUCAAGUGUUACCGAAAACCACAACAUGCAAGAGACUGUAUCAAGGCGGCCAUUCUAGACAACGACUUCAUGAAGAACCUGGAAAUGUCACAGAUUCAGGAGAUUGUAGAUUGCAUGUACCCAGUAGAAUAUAGCAAAGACAGCUGCAUUAUCAAGGAGGGAGAUGUGGGCUCACUCGUCUACGUCUUGGAAGAUGGUAAGGUGGAAGUGACGAAAGACGGCAAGUUCCUGACUACCAUGGGCAAAUGCAAGGUGUUUGGAGAGCUGGCUAUUCUCUACAACUGCACAAGAACAGCAACAGUUAAAGCUCUUACGAACACAAAGCUAUGGGCAAUAGACCGACCAUGUUUCCAGGCAAUCAUGAUGAAGACGAGCCUGGUCCGGCAAGCAGAGAUAGUAGACCUGCUUCACAAAGUACAAAUAUUCCAGCAUUUUCCAGAGGAGACGCUGAACAAAAUAGCCGAUGUCGUAGAAGAGACAUAUUACGAUGAUGGCGACUACAUUGUCAGGCAGGGUGCAGUGGGCGAUACAAUGUACAUCAUCCAGAAAGGAAAGUGCCAUGUGACGCAACGACCAGGUUCCGGUGGCAGUCCACGACUCACCAACACGUUAAAGAAGGGAGAUUACUUCGGUCAAGGAUCAUUAGAUGGGCGAGACGAGAAACGGGACGCCAACGUGAUAGCUGCUGACAAAGAAGGCAUAGUCUGUCUGACUCUGGAUAGAGAUUCUUUCUUGCAAGCCACUGGAGGUCCUGACUCCUUCAUCUCCAAGAGCGUCGAUGACAGCAAAAACAAGAAGGUGGAUUCAGAGUUUGCCGACAUCAGACUACCAGACAUCAGUGUUGUGGCCACAUUGGGAGUGGGUGGUUUCGGCAGAGUGGAACUUGUCCGAGUCAACGGCAGGAACCAGACGUACGCCCUCAAGCAGCUGAAGAAGAAACACAUCGUGGAGACGCGGCAACAGGAACACAUCAUGUCAGAGAAGAAGAUCAUGUUGGAGUCGCGAUGCAAUUUUAUUGUCAGAUUAUACCGUACAUUUAGCGACAGCAAGUACUUGUAUAUGCUGCUGGAGGCGUGUCUAGGAGGGGAACUGUGGACCAUCCUCAGGGACAAGGGUUCAUUUGACGACGGUACUACGAGGUUCUACACAGCGUGUGUAAUAGAAGCGCUAUCCUACCUUCACAAUAAAGGCAUAGUGUACAGAGAUCUCAAACCAGAGAAUAUCCUACUAGACAGCCAAGGCUAUGGCAAACUGGUUGACUUUGGUUUUGCCAAGAAGAUCAACCAAGGCCGUAAGACGUGGACGUUUUGCGGCACCCCAGAGUAUGUAGCACCUGAAAUCAUCUUGAACAAGGGUCACGACUUCUCGGCCGACUACUGGUCGCUCGGCAUCCUCAUGUUCGAACUCUUGACAGGAAGCCCGCCAUUCACGGGGUCCGACCCCAUGAAGACCUACAACAUCAUUCUGAAAGGGAUGGACAUGAUAGAGUUCCCCCGCAAGAUCACCCGCAACGCUGCCAACAUGAUCAAGAAACUGUGCAAGGACAACCCAACGGAGCGGCUUGGCUACCAGAAGAACGGGCUCAAGGACAUCCAGAAACACAAGUGGUUUGACGGCUUCAACUGGGAGGGGCUGAAGAAGAGGACCCUGGCUCCUCCCAUUGUACCCCAUGUCCGGUCCAACUCAGACACAACAAACUUUGACGAUUACCCACCAGACACGGAUCCUGUACCGCCUGACGAUAUGUCCGGCUGGGACAAAGACUUUUAACGAAAGAAAACCUUGCAAUGUGCCUGAUAAUGACCUGGCCAUGCACUCAAUUCAAGAAACACAGAAAUCAAGCAAUCUAUGUACAGCACAGCUGUUAUACAGCUGUUGUGGAAUUCCCGGAUCUCGAUCUUGCAGUUGGCUUAGAAAACCUGAGAGCAUUCAAUGAGCCCGCGUUAUGGGAGGGUCAUGCUGUUGCACAACUUUGUCACACCACGGGAGAGUCUAGAUCCCAACCUCGGCAAGUGGGUCUUCAUGCACUAAUUGGAGAUGGUUAGGUGACGAUGCAGUUUGGAGAGUUCAUUCUAGCACAACCUGGGAGAGUCUAGACCCCAACUCGGCAAGUGGGUCUUCAUUCACUGAUUGCAAAUGGUCGGGUGCCGAUGCCGUGAUGCGCGUGCCGCAACCUGCACCCGUUUCCAAUUUCGGCUAAAUUUUGAGGUGGUUUUAAAUUUUUUCUUAAAUUCUGUUUUUGUGAACGUGUAUUUCAAGACGAAUCUGAAGAGAUUUCGGAAAAAUCGCAAAUGCGAUAUCAAGACCGGAUGUUUUCAGCAAGACAAGACACUGCUACCCAGUGACGUCAUAUUGUCAAUUUCCUCGCGGACAUGUAAAGAAUUUACCUUAGUGUAACCUGCAGUAAAAUGGAGAGCUUUUCCAUCAUCAUCAGCAUCAUCAUCAUCAUCAUCAUCAAGAGGACUUCAAUCAAACAAUUCGGAUGCAUGACAACACAUCAUGGAAUACACACGAUUACCUGGCAUAAUGAAAACUUAUAAUGGUUCCUAUUGUCUGCAAAAGUACAUCCAAUGUGGAGUAGAAAAAUACAUAUCUAUGCAUCUUCGUUGAAAAGAAAUGUUCUGUCAAAUAUAAGGUGCAAGUGUGAACAGUGUGAAUGAUGUUUAAUACAGUUAUAAGGCGGUCAAGCCAAGUGGUUUUUUUUUUUUUCAAUUGAAAAUAUGAAUUUGUUGUGUGUACGUCAGAUGAAAAAUGUACAAUAAAGCACCCAGCCCAUUUAUUGUAAAUAGACAAUGUCAUCAGGUUAAAUUAUGAAAAAGCUAAUAAAUUUGGUAAAUGUGGAAGAAAAAGUUUACAAACUCAUUGGAAAUGAGUGUCAGUCCUGAGAAAUUGGAGAAAUUGGACCACUUCUCCAAGAAAUACGGUCAGUAAGUCACAACUAUUAAUUUUGCUUGAAGAUGUGAAUUCAGUUUGGUGAGAUCAUCGAUUGCAUAGAUAUCCUGCUGCCUUUUUGCUUAUUUCUCGCAGUCAUCCCUCCUUUUUUGCUACUUUCAGGCAGUGUUCAAAUUGGACUAAAUGUUCACUUUUUAGUCUGUGUUAUUCUGUGCGAGACUUUUCGGAAUCUGUUAGUUUCAUGGCAACAGGUCCCAUAUGUAGCUUGAAACCCACAGACCAGUAACAAAUGAAUAUAACACAACACUGAUUCAAAUAUUUGUUUUGUAAAGUGGAAUUGUAUUGAUUCGGAAAGCAAACCGGUGUAAUUUUGUAUCCACAAUAAGCAACUCAACCUGUUUUUAUGUUUUUAUUUAUUUAUUCUUUUGCAAAAUCAUGACAAUGAUGUGCUUCCCGUAGCCUGAGCAGAUGUAUCUGUCAAGUGAUUUUCUAGUGUCACUCAUGACCAUUCUAUCACAUGUGUGUGUUCCUGAUUCAGCUGUCGGUAAACUGGGAUGACAAACUGUGCGUACUAAAACUCUCUUUGGAAACUUAUUCCUGUGACUGGGAAACUUUUGAAUUUGAUUUAAUUUUUCUGGCAAGUGAAUUUUGAAUCAGAAUUUGAAAAAAGAGUGAUAGUUUCUUUAGCUUUUGGUCAUUUUUUAAACUCUUUUUGGAUGCACUUUGUAUUUCUGGACACGUGGAAGACUAUUUCCUGUGUCGUUUGAGAAAAAAAAGGAAGAAACAUUUCAGAGUUUAAUAUAAUAUCAGAAUUUCUGAUGCUUUUCAUGUCUUUUUCCACACCAACAUUUGUUUCGGAUCUGUUCAAAAUCAUUGCGGUGUUUCAACAUGGAUCUGUAAAUUAAACUCAGUAUUCACUCGAUACAAAAACUAAGGUUUUGCAAGUCGGAAUAGCAGAAAGUUUGGAACUAAAAAAGUUAGGUGUUUAGUUUUAAAUGAUAAAAUCCUUUUAGCAACUCCCAAAGGUCUACGCAAUGGAGGAGCAAAACAUCAAAACUACAGCAAGAAAAAUCAUAUAUGUUCUAUUAAUUUGUAUACUGUGCUGCAUGUAUUUGAGAAUAUGAUCAACUGACUCUCAUAGUGGAUUUUUUUUUUACAAUUCCAAAAUGAUUUUAAAACCACAAGCUACAUUUUUCAUGUACAUGUAUUGGUGUAUGUUUGGAACUUUUACAAAUAGAUCGAUCCAUUAAAGGUAGAGUAGAUCAAUUGUCAUUUGUGCAUUUGUUUUGU